CCGUGCUGCACCGUCGCUGCCCUACCCGUUCGCGCGUUCUCGGAGCCCUGCAGGCGCCUCGCGCUCCCCUCGGGCCCGGAGCCGCGGAAGCAGCAGGAGGAGCAGGAGCAGCAGGAGCCGAGGGGCGCGCGGCACGGCAUGGACGCCCCCUCGGUCGGCGCGCUCCUGGCCCUGCCCGCCCUGCUCCAGCUGGCAGCUGCGGGCGGCUCGCCGGGGCCGGGUGCGCUGCUGCGGGGCUGCCCCGCGCGCUGUCGCUGCGAGCUGGACGGCAGGACGCUGCUGCGGGUGGACUGCGCGGACCUGGGGCUCGCGGCGCCGCCCGCCGACCUCAGCGCCUUCACCUCCUUCCUAGACCUCAGCAUGAACAACAUCAGCCAGCUGCCCCCGCACCCCCUGCGCGGCCUCCGCUUCCUGGAGGAGCUACGCCUCGCCGGAAACGCCUUGACCUCUGUUCCCAAGGGAGCAUUCGCCGGCCUUUACAGCCUCAAAGUUCUUAUGCUGCAGAACAAUCACCUGAGACAGGUACCUGCAGAAGCUCUCCAGAAUUUACGAAGCCUUCAGUCCCUGCGGCUGGACGCCAACCGCAUCGGCCGCGUGCCCCCCGGCUGCUUCGGCGGCCUGCGCGCCUUGCGGCACCUGUGGCUGGACGACAACGCGCUGACCGAGGUGCCCGUCCGCGCCUUCCGGAGCCUCCCGGCGCUGCAGGCCGUGACCCUGGCCCUGAACAGCAUCCGCCACGUCCCGGACGGCGCCUUCGCGGAGCUCUCCAGUCUGGUGGUUCUGCAUCUCCAUAACAAUAGAAUCCACUCCCUGGGAAAGAAGUGCUUUGAAGGGCUCCACAGCCUGGAGACGCUAGAUUUAAAUUAUAAUAAUCUUGAUGAAUUCCCCACUGCAAUCAGAACACUCUCCAACCUUAAAGAACUAGGGUUCCACAGCAACAACAUCAGGCUGAUCCCUGAGAAAGCGUUUGUAGGCAACCCUUCUCUCGUUACAUUGUCCAUCUUCUUUACUGGGAAUUCUUUGGAAAGCUUCCCUGUGUUUCUCUUGGGGCCUGACACACAUGGCAAUGUAUUGCAGAGUCUUGCUCAGUUUCGUCACACGUCCAGGGAUGUUUUAUCACUUCACUUGAGCUGCUUGUCAGAGGAAGAGUCUCAGGAGUCCUUUAAUCUUCCCACUUCCUUCACCCCAACUCAUCCUAGAAACACCCUGAUGGAAUUCUACAACCAUGUUAAAGUCAACCUUGUAGCAAGAAGAGGAAAUUUAGCUUGGAACAAAAUUGCCAUUAUUCACCCCAAUGCAUUUUCUACGUUGCCUUCUCUAAGAAAACUUGACCUGUCGUCCAACCGCCUGUCGUCCUUUCCUGUAACCGGGUUACGUGGUUUAACUCACUUAAAAUUAACAGGAAAUCAUGGCCUGCAGAGCUUGAUAUCAUCUGAAAACUUUCCAGAACUCAAGGUUAUAGAAAUGCCUUAUGCUUACCAGUGCUGUGCAUUUGGUGUGUGUGAGAGCGUCUAUAAAAUUUCCAGUCAGAGGAAUGAAGGUGACAACAGCAGCACAGGCGACCUUCACAGGAAAGAUGAGGGGAUGCUUCAAGUCCAAGAUGAGCGCGAUCUCGAGGACUUCCUGCUUGACCUUGAGGAAGACCUGCAGGCCCUUCACUCCGUACAGUGCUCACCUUCCCCAGGCCCCUUCAAACUCUGCGAAUACCUGUUGGGCAACUGGCUGAUCCGAAUUGGCGUGUGGACCAUCGCGGUUCUGGCCCUUACUUGCAAUGCCUUAGUGACCUCGACAGUAUUCGGAGCCCCGCUGCACCUCUCUUCCGUAAAACUGCUCAUUGGGUUAACAGCCGUGGUGAACAUGCUCACGGGGGCCUGCAGCGCGGUGCUGGCUGGCGUGGACGCCGUCACCUUUGGCAGCUUUGCCCGGCAUGGCGCACAGUGGGAGCAGGGCGUCGGUUGCCAGGUCGUUGGGUUUUUGUCCGUUUUUGCUUCGGAAUCAUCUGUUUUCCUGCUGACUCUGGCAGCCCUGGAGCGUGGGUUCUCUGUGAAAUGCUCUGCAAAGUUUGAAAGGAAAGCCCCUUUUUCCAGCCUGAAAGCCGCCAUCCUGCUGUGUGCCGUGCUGGCGCUGGCCCUGGCCUCGGCCCCACUGCUGGGCGGCCGUGAGUACAGCACGUCCCCGCUCUGCCUCCCGCUGCCCUUCGGCGAGCCUGGCACCACGGGCUACGUGGUGGCCCUCGUCUUGCUCAACUCCUUCUGCUUCCUUGUGAUGACUGUGGCCUACACCAGGCUCUACUGCGGCCUGGAGAGGGGCGGCCGGGGCAGCGCCUGGGACUGCUGCAUGGUGAGGCACGUGGCGCUGAUGCUCUUCACCAACUGCGUCCUCCACUGCCCCGUGGCUUUCUUGUCCCUCUCCUCUUUACUGAACCUCACCUUUGUCAGCCCUGAGGUACCUAGGGUUAUCCUCCUGGUGGUCGCCCCGCUUCCCGCCUGUCUCAAUCCCCUUCUGUACAUCCUCUUCAACCCCCACUUUCAGGAGGACCUGGGCAGCCUGGGAGAGCAAACCCGCCUUUGGACAAGAUCGAAACACACCAGCCUGAUGUCUGUGAACUCUGAUGAUGCCGAGAAGCAGUCCUGCAACUCCACCCAGGCCUUGGUGACCUUCCCCAGUGCCCGCAUGGCCUAUGACCUGCCCGCCGACUCCACAGUGCCACCAGCUCACCCAGGGCCUGAGAGCCGUCACCUCUCGUCUGUGGCAUUCGUCCCAUGUCUCUGAUUAAUUCGUGAGAGAAAGUUUCCUAAAAUCGAAAAUCCAAAAAUGUGAGAUUGAGUACAUCUGAACAGUAACUGAAAAGAGCUGAGUUGAAACUUGAUUUUUUUUUAAUCUCAGUGAGAAAAAGCUGAAAACCUAUUGAUACUGGAGAAUGAAAAAUAAGUCUAAAUGCUGCCUGGAUAACUUGUUCAGCUAAGAGAGAGAUCAGUCACACUGUUUAGGUAAGCUAGAUUCUCAAAAAACAGAUUGAAAUGUUCAAGAACGAUUCUCCAUAAUUUCAUUUGAAUUCUUUUGAAACUCACCAAUCUAAUGAUUUGGGGCGGGGGACCACUUGUUUACCAAAGGGGUUUUAAACCAAAAACCCCCUUAACAGAUGUUUGGAGGUAUUAGGAAAACGAAAGUUCCAAGUGGCCUGCGUUACUGAGUGGAGGCUGUGGCAGUGGGAUCUCAAGUGUACUGACCACGGGGACGUCCUCCCCUGCUUCCCUCAGAAAGGCUCCUUCCAGGCCGCCAAGCCUCCCCGCCCCAGCCCAGUGAGUGGAUAACAUAAGGUAUUAUUAAUUUGUUCAUAGUUACUUCAUUUUUAGAAAUGCCAGGUUUUACGUGUCAGCACCAGAAGUUCCUACCCUCAGUAGAAUAAAACUGCUUACAACUAUGUGGAAAGGAAUGUGAACUUAAAUUCUUAAACUGCCAUGAUGGCAGUCACGUACAGGCGAGCUUUGCCGUAUCUAAUUCAUUUUUAACUCCCUGGUGCCCAGAGCUCAGAAGAAAAGUCCAUUGCCGGCAGUGGAUGGACCUAGAAAAGAGGGUAGGCAACUUGGGAUUUUUUUUCUGGGUGCACAUUUUUUGCAAGAGUUCUUAUUAGUUGAUUCAAGCUGAUGUGCAUCUUAAGGCAAUGAUCAAGUGCACAUGAAUUAAAUCACUGACAGCUUCUCACGUGUGUCUCUAGCAGCAGCCACGUCUGAAGCCACUUUGGACUCAGCAGAGGCUUGGUACCAUGAGGCCCUGCUUAGUUAGCCUGGUGUCAGCUGUGUCGACCUACUUGGUGUCAGGAACAGGACUUCUCUGCUCAUUUCGUAUUUAAUACAUGUGUGAGGCAUUUUAAGAAGUGAAAUUAUUAAAUGCUGAAGGUCGAAGGAUGAAUUCUAACUUCUGAUAUACUACAGUGGCUUUAAUGCAUCCAAACAGAGAGACCGUUAGGUAGAUUUAUUUUUAUAUAAGCAUGUUUAUUUUGAUCAGAUGUUUUAAGUUGGAAUUGAAAACAAUACAUUUAUGAGAUGUUUUAUAAGAUGUGUAAAUAUAGAGCUGUAUUUAUUACUACGGUAAAGAUUCAGUGACACUAAGGACCAUGAUAAAAAGCCAUGUACAGUGGCAUAUUCUUCCAUAUAUACUGUGUUUCUCUGCCCAUUUUCUUUACGUUCAUUAACUGUGUAUAAUAUAUGUAAAUAUUACAGCACUUGUAAAUAGAUCCAAACUUUCUUUUCUAUUGGAUACAAAAUAAAAGAAAUUCGUAAUGAAA